AUGGCCGUUCGUUCAAAAUACAACAAACAUGCAUAGGAAGUCGAGAAACUACGAGAUGGUGUGGAUCGAGUGACAGUGUGGUACUCGCAGUAAUUGUUAUAAAAUGAAACGGUAUGUUUCAUCUGAUGCAAUUCCUUAGCGGACUUUUCUUGCUUGUUAUUUUAAUACCGCUGAGUAAUGGUGUGGACACGUAUGAGAUUGACUGCAGUAACCUACGAAUGGGACAAUACAUCUGCCCUCAUCCCGAUUAUGAUUUCAUAGAUCCAAAAACACAGCAACCAAAAGGUUGUACUAAGGAAAAUAAAGCCAAAGUGUUAUGUCUGGCUGCGGAUGGCCUCAUUUGUACAGAAACAAAAAAUAAUACAUUCAAGAAGGAUAUUCCUUGUAAAUGGACAAAUGGAUAUUCUUUCGAAACAUCACUGUUACUCUCAAUAUUUCUUGGCAUGUUUGGAGCAGAUAGAUUUUACCUAGGGUAUCCAGCAUUGGGUUUUCUCAAGCUGAGUACUUUGGGGUUUCUUUUUCUUGGCCAAUUUGCUGAUGUAAUACUUAUAGCAACACAGAUCGUAGGACCCGCGGAUGGUUCGCAUUAUGUAAUGCCAUAUUACGGUGCAGGGAUUCAUAUCGUAACCAGUAAUAAUUUCACGUUCCGAGUGCCACAAUAUGAUUGCUGAAAGAAUUAUCAGGGUGAAAAAUGAACAACGGUUAAUCUAAAAAAAAUUGUACAGCCACUACUUUGAUUACGAGCAACGAUAUGCAAUCCUAGAAUCGAGUCCUAUUUCAGCGUACCGGGAGAUGAAUUACUGGUAUUUUAAUGAGCAAACAAAGAUCAUCUUGUAGAUAUGUACUUCAACGAAACACUGUAUAUAAAGAUUUGUUACUGACUUAUUAUCUAUUGCCAGUAUAGCCGUGUAAUAAAUAUUUGUUUUUAUUUCUAAA